ACCCUCUCUUCCCAAAUUGAAACGCUUUCCAAAUUGCAAAAGAAAAACUGAGCCUCGGAUCCGAACCACUCAGGUUCCGUAACCGAACCUAAGUCUUUGUGUUGUUCGUUGAAAAAAAUUCACACUUAUUUUUUCGAUCACCAUCACUUUAUCUUUGUCCGAAACGCGCCACCAUCUCUCAAACCCUAAACGCGUGAAUUACCAACGCGCUUCAAUGGAGUUUGUUCAAUGUCACUAUAGAUUGCAAAAGAGAAACCAUUGUUUUGCCAAGAUAUAAAAAUGCAAGAGAUUUCUGCAUUUUAGGGAUAUUUUAAUUAUUUUCAGGUUUAAACGGUAGUUGCUCAGAGGUGUGUUCUUGGACAUCUUCCUGCUACGUAGGUUGUAAAAGAAUCUGUUUCUUGGUGAAGCCUUCUUUUAAAUAGUUUUGUGCUUAAAGUUUACAGGCUGGAUUAUCUAUGCCUGGAAACGAAGCAGUGGACAGGGUCCAUAAUUUUUUUGGUCAAGAAAACUUGUCCCAGGGACAGUAUCAUUCACAAGCGGUUGAUGGGAACUGGCCAGGACUAAGCAACAAUAUAUGGGCUGGCAGCCAGAGAUCGAGUGGUGUGCCUUUUAUUUCCAAUUUGAAGAAUUUUAAUCAACAGCAAUCUGAUUCUGAGCAGGGACACAUAAGCUCUCCACAUUUGCGGCAUAGUUUGAACCUAUCACAAUCAAAUUUGAGGUCUGAGUCUGGAAGAAAUCAGCUGCCAAACCAUCUUGCAGCUGUAAGUGGCUACAUGCAGGGACAACAGGUUUUCCAGACUAGGCACAAUGGAGAUAAUAAUUUGGGAGUAGAUACAGAAUCUGAUUGGCACAGUUUAUCAAGAGGGGUACCGGUGCUUGAGUCACAAGGGAGUAGUGGGCUUGAACUCUAUAAGAAAAAUUUGGCUAGGAAUGAUGCUGGCGAAUCUCCUGUCAAUUUUGAUUUCUUUGGAGGUCAACAGCAAGUAAGUGGUCACCAUAAUGGAAUGCUUCAGACUUUACCUAGACAGCAUUCAGGAAUAAAUGAAAUGCAUCUAUUACAGCAGCAAGCGAUACUUAACCAGAUGCAAGAACUCCAGAGGCAGCAACAAUUUCAUCAACUAGAAGCAAAGCAACAUAAUUCUAUGACCCCAGCAGCAUCAAUUUCAAAACAGGCGGUCACUAGCCAUUCUGCUUCUCUUAUUAAUGGACUUUCUGUAAAUGAGGCGGCAUCUAACUUUAUGUGGCAGCCUGAAGUUAUGCCAACUAAUGCAAAUUGGCUCCAGCGUGGUGCAUCUCCAGUUAUGCAUGGGUCCUCUAAUGGACUUAUGUUAUCUCCUGAACAAGGACAAGCAUUGCGCAUGAUGGGCUUGGUUCAUACUCAGGGAGAUCAGUCUCUUUAUGGGGUUCCAAUAUCUGGUUCGGGUGGCACUCCUAACCUUUAUCAUCAUAUUCAAGCAGAUAAGCCUGCAAUGCCUCAGGUUUCUUUCCCACAGCAAUAUUCUCAUGUUCAUGGGAACAAACCUGCACUGCCACAUGUAGCUGCUGGUGGUAAUUCAUCUCCUGCUCACCAAUAUGCUUCAUUUUCAGAUCAAAUCAAUACAAAUGAUGGAAAUUUAGUUUCAAGACAGGAUAUUCAAGGAAAGAACAUGUUUGGGCCUACUGCUCAUGGUAUGAAUAGUAGACUGAAUGUGGAAAACACGCAGCAAAUGAAUUCUGAGCAAACAAUUGUACCAAUGCAAGAUUUUCAUGGGAGACAAGAACUAGCUGGAUCUUCAGAGAUGUCAUCACAGGACAAGAUGCUAGUGGAGGCUCAUUCUUCGCAGAAUGUAGCUACCCUAGAUCCAACUGAAGAGAAGAUUUUGUUUGGCUCGGAUGAUAGCCUGUGGGAUGGAUUUGGUACGAGUACAGGUGAUUUUAAUAUGCUGGAUGGUACAGAUAGUUCUAGUGGAUUUCCAUCCCUCCAGAGUGGGAGUUGGAGUGCGCUUAUGCAGUCUGCUGUAGCAGAAACUUCUAGUAGUGACAUGGGCAUCCGGGAGGAGUGGAGUGGUCUAGGUUUUCGGAAUAUGGGGCGAUCAUCUGGAAAUGAGCAACCUUCAACUACUGAUGGCAGCAAACAGCAAUCAUUUUGGGCCGACAAUAACUUGCAAUCACCUUUUAUUCGGCUUGGUGAUGUUAGUAGGCCCACAACCACCGAAAAUCAUUGUAAUGAUUCUGGAUUGCAUCAGUCAGGUCCUGAUACCUCACAUCAACAGCAUGACAGGUUACAGACCAAUUCUCAUAGACCAACUCCACAGUAUUUAGAAAGAGGCAGGUGGUUAGAUUGCGGUCCUCAGCAAAAUCAAUUUUCCGAAGGUGGCCAUACAUAUGGAAAUGCUACCAAUUCUAAUGGCUGGGGCGUUACGAAAUCAGCCCCAUUUGAUAGUAACUCUACUUUCAAAUCCCAUGAAAAUAUAAACUCUUUGCAGCACCAUCAUGAUAAAGCCAUGCAUGAGGAGAUGGGCCAGGUGCCUGAUUCUAAUACUAAUUUAUCUUUUGGGUUGGACCAUGUGAAUUCUACUGGUAACAUGCAAAUUUGUGUGGAAGAUUCUGGUAUGAAUGGUAAUGCUGCAUUACCAAAUUCGGGCCCUGCAUGGUUCAGCCAGCAAAGCAGCAAAAGGCUCCCUAAUGCUGAUGUAUGGAGAGAUGCAGAGUCAGCAGGUAGCUAUAAAAGAAAUGAAGCUCCAGGAAAAUACAAGCAUCAUAUGGAGAACCCUUUAAUUUUAGAAUCAUCUAAGAAUGGAAAAGUUGAAGAUGAUGUUGAAAACUCUAAUAAAAAAGAAAAAUCAGCAGAUGGUUUUGGAUCUAAUCCUUCUCAUUCAAGAGAUGGUAGUAUGAGAGAAAAUGCCAAUUUGGAUGGCAAUGAUUUGCAUAGUCCAAAGUCAUCUGGUCAGGUGCAUCAAAGAUCUUCCACAUCUCGUAAAUUUCAGUAUCAUCCAAUGGGGGAUCUCGGUGUUGAAGUGGAACCUUAUGGAAACAAACAUGCCAUAAAUUCACAACCUAUGAACCAUCAACACUUUGGAGGACUUAAAGAUCAGGGCCAUAGCCAUAGCUCUCUUGGACAGUCAAAGUCUGGACAUUGUGAUGGGAAUUAUAGUGAAACAGAGAAGGAUGAGUCAGAGAGCUUGGGUAAUGAUGUUUCAAGAAGCAAACUCCCUAUGCAAAUCCCAAAUACAAUGACCUCAUUGGAUAGAAGUGUUGGUAAUUAUGCCUUACAGAAGACUGCUUUACCCAGGGUGCCUGAAACAGAAUCAUCAGAUGGAUUUUCUGUACAUCCUCAGUGGAAUCGAAGUUCUUCGGUUCAGGGCUUUGGUUUACAAUUGGCUCCUCCUACACAGGGACCUGCCAUGGUAUUUUCUCGUGGCCCAUCGGAUUCAGGUUUUACUACGCCACACAUGUCUGAGACAGGGGAUAAGGGCCAUACAAGGUUGGCCACUAAUCAGACUUUUCCUCCUCAAGAGUCAUCUCCUCGGGAGAAUAGGAAUAAUAUUUCUAGUGCCACGGGGCAAAUUUUUGACAAUGCCUCUCAGUACAAUGUGCUAGGCAACAUUCCACAGGCUUUUACAUCUGGCUUUCCUUUCUCCAGGAACCGUACUCAGAAUCAGAAUAAUCAGCCAGCUUCCUUGAAUCACUUAGAUGAAUAUGGUGAAAGAGCUCAAGCUAGUCAACCUGAAAUUGCGUCUACUCAGGACAUGUCCCAGCUGAGUGGUACAGAUCAAAUUCAUCUUAGAGACCGUGCAACCCAAAUUUUGGCUGAAGAGGCUGGCAAUCAAUCUUCUGGUACAUAUGGUGCAUCCCUGCAUGGAACCCCUUCAAAAGUUAUACACAAUUUAUGGACCAGUGUUUCUAACAGGCAACACCCAAAUGCUUCGAAGAUUCCAUCACAGCCCAAACAAAUUAACGAUUGUGAAAUGAAAGCUGACUCAAAGAAUCCAGGUGAUCGGAGUCCAGAGGAAGAUGGUAGGGAAAUUUCUAACAUUGGGGUUUGUUCUAACUCUGUAGGAAAUGUGCUUAAAGAAAGCCCUGACCAGCGGACAUUGCCUGAGAGUGUUGUUGGCGCUGAAGAUGCCACAGUUCCAUCAGACUUGAAAGAACCUGUUGUAAAAUGUGUGUCUGAUGCAUCUCAACCAAACCUAGCUGUGACCUCAAGAAACAAUGAGGUUCUAGGUCGAUCUUUUAGACCAAACAAUGUUUUGAAUCAUAAUUUCUCUUUGCUCGAUCAGGUUCAAUCCAUCAGAAACAUGGAUAUUGAUCCUAACAAUCGGGAGGCCAAGAGAUUGAAAGUUGCCGAGAAUAUGGUGGACAAACAGAAUGUAGGUUACAACCACGGACAGCAAUUACCCUACGGAUAUGACAAUGUGGUUAAAGAUGUAUCUGGAAAUAAUUCUUCCGUUCCCUCAUCAGAUCCCAGUAUAUUGUGCAUGACAGCAAAGCCACAUGAUGGACAGGACAUAAAUGCAACUUCUCAGGAGGUGAUUGGAGAUGAUCAGAAAAACUAUCUUAAUGUUUCAGAUAGUAAUAAAUCAAUUUUUAUCAGAAGUGGGCAUUCUCUGAUAAAUCCUCAGAUGGCACCAUCAUGGUUUGAACAAUAUGGAACAUUUAAAAAUGGUAAGAUGUUGCCGAUUUAUGAUGCACAGAAGAUAACUGCUGCUAAGGUUAUGGACCAACCUUUUAUUAUACCAAACCAGUCAGAUAGUCUGCAUUUCCAAAAUUCAACAGAGCAAGUUAAUAGUCUUUCUGAUGCUCAACUUGGUAGCACUAAGGAUGGCCCACUACCUGCUUCAGUUGGAAGUGAGCAUGCAUGUUCUCAGUUAUCGACUCCUACGUGUGAACCUGAUUUACUUAUUUUGAGACCAAAGAAGCGGAAAAGCGCUACAUCUGAACUCCUGUCAUGGCAUAAAGAAUUGACACAGGGUUCUGAACGGCUUCGAGAUCUCAGUGCGUCGGAAUUAUUAUGGGCCCGAACUGCGAACAGAUUGACUGAGAAGGUCGAAGUUGGUGCUGGGGUAGUUGAAGAUCUGUCUGCGAUGGUGAAAUCAAAAAGAAGACUUAUCUUCACUACGCAACUUAUGCAGCAACUACUAAGCCCUCCUCCUGCAGCAGUUCUCGUAGAAAAUGUGAAGUUGCAUCAUGAAAGUGUGGUCUACUCUGUUUCCAGAUUAACAUUAGGAGAAGUGUGCAGUUCUAUCUCAUGGUCUGGAUGGGAUACUUCUGUGCCUCCUGGCAGCAAAAACCUCCUGCCUAAACAACGGACAUCAUCUGAUAAUGUUGAUCAUUACAUUUUGAAAGCUACGGACUUUGUUGAUAGAACAAGGAAACUGGAAGAUGAAAUAUUAAGAUUGGAUAGCAGAGCCUCGAUUUUGGACUUGAGAGUGGAGUGUCAGGAUUUAGAAAAAAUUUCUGUGAUCAAUAGAUUUGCCAAGUUCCAUUCAAGGGGACAAUAUGAUGGGGCAGAGACCUCAUCAUCCUCUGAUGCAAGUGCUAAUUUUCAGAGAUUGUUUCCCCUGAAAUUGGUUACUGCAGUUCCAUUGCCUAGGAAUCUCCCAGACAGGGUACAAUGUCUUUCACUUUAAUAAUUAAAUUAAUAAAUUCAUUAUUCCAUCUUUCUUGAUUAGUUUCCCCAAUCUCCUAUUUUUGGUCUUUCUCGUUCAACUUAUAUUAUUGCACUUCAUUGCCAUAGAACCAUACAACUGGCAGUGUAGGAGAAUAAUGGUACUAGGUUGCCUUUUCCACCCCAGUGGCUGUUAGAUCUUUGCAAUCUAUAUAUAUGAAUGUAUGUGUAGAUUCUUUAAUCUAGUUAUCAUUUACUUUCAUUUACAGGUUCCAAGCCUUAUGUGUAUAGCAACAUUAUGUAUGCAGUGGUUUAACCUUACCACUUGGCUUGGUUUUUACCUGAUUAAUUUUUGGAUUUGUUUCUUUC